AUUGGUACCUAUUUGAAUUUUCUAUGCUUUUGUGAUAAUUUUUGGGCAUAUAAAUACCCAAACUACACUCACACAGUUGUUAUUAGUUUCUUCUCAGCAACUACUCUUUAAAAUGUCCCACCGUUCCCUUUCCCGUCGGCCGGUAGCUUCGGUACCGGAAGUGAUUUGUUCCAUUGUUGUUUUCUUAUUCUUUUUCUUGAGUUUGCCUGUAAAUGGGUGGCGUCCGUGGCCCAACCAGAAGCCAAACUCCACAGAAUUACUCUACGGCGGCUCGAAAAAGUAUGAAGGGUCGUCGGAGUUUGUCCAUUUGAAAUAUCAUAUGGGCCCUGUUCUCACUGCAAAUAUCACCGUUUAUCCCAUUUGGUACGGCCGGUGGGCCAAUUCCCAGAAACGUAUUAUCCGCGACUUCAUCGGCUCUUUCUCCGCCGUUGAUUCUAAACGCCCCUCCGUUGCCGGUUGGUGGAAAACGGUUCAGCUUUACACUGAUCAAACCGGAGCCAACAUUUCCCGUACUGUCCAUCUCGGCGCUGAAAAAAACGACCGGUUUUAUUCUCACGGCAAAUCGUUAACUCGGUUGUCCGUACAAUCCGUGAUAAAAUCCGCCGUCACGGCGCGUACCCGUCCGUUACCGUUAAACCCGAAAAGCGGCGUUUACUUAUUACUCACUUCUGAUGAUGUAUACGUUCAGGAUUUUUGCCAAAACGUUUGCGGCUUUCAUUACUUCACUUUUCCUUCAAUCGUCGGUUAUACUUUACCGUACGCUUGGAUCGGUAACUCCGCUAAGUUGUGUCCGGGUACUUGCGCGUACCCGUUUUCGGUACCCAGUUACAUGCCGGGUUUCAAAGUGGUGAAAUCACCGAACAAUGACAUUGGUGUUGACGGGAUGAUAAGCGUAAUAGCUCAUGAGAUUGCGGAGUUAUCAACGAACCCGUUGGUUAACGCUUGGUAUGCGGGUCAGGACCCGAGUUUUCCGGUAGAGAUAGCGGAUCUUUGUGAAGGGAUUUAUGGUACCGGCGGUGGGGGGUCGUAUACAGGUCAAAUGUUGAACGGAGAAGAUGGUGCUACGUAUAAUAUGAAUGGGUUAAGAAGAAGAUUUUUGGUUCAGUGGGUGUGGAAUCAUAUUCUGAAUUAUUGCAGUGGUCCUAAUGCACUUGAUCAGUAAAUGUUUCGUUUACAUACUCAGAAUUCCACUGAUCUGUUGGACCUGUUAUAGUGUACCAUCCCAUCACAUCCUCCGUAGAGAAUUCAAAAAUUAUGACUUCUGAGAGAAGUUGGCAGGGUUUGCGUUGGAGAAAUAUAAAACAGAGAGCAUAGUGUCAAUGAAAAAGAUAUGUGGGGACUUUCUGAAAAAUCUGGGCAUCUAUUUCUCCUUUUUUUUUUUUUUUAUUCUUUUUUUUCUUUUUUACGUUUCAUCUUGUUUUGUGAACUUGAUAUCGCAAGCUCUAUCAGUAAUUACUCAUAUUUCGUUUUAAUUAU